UCUUGCUCUUGCAUCUCCAUAAUUCGCAUACCCCCGGCAACCAUUAUAUAUCCCGCCAAGGGUUCUUCCUUUCACCUCCUUCUCCCCUCUCCGACCGACAGCAAAUAUCCCCGUCGAAAGACAGACAGCCAAGAAUAGACAUAUUCGCGAUCCUUCUCGCCGCCAGCUUUCCUGCGAAGUUCUUCAGGACAUGGCAAUCCAAACCCAGGCUCCUCUCGAGCCCCCUAUCGAUACUGAAGGAAAGGGACAGAUCAUGGAUGGACCGAGCUAUGAAGAGCGAGAGCGUGCUGCUGUGAUCAUUCAGAAACAUUAUCGGGGUCAUCUUGCCAGACGGCGAUAUGGCGAGCUCCAGCUGUACGUUUUUGCGUCUUGUCUUAUCUUUGGACAGCUGUACUAGACACAUGCUGUUAAUAUACCUGUGAGGGACGCUAGAGCUGAUUGGCAUGUGAUGUGACAGAGAAAACGAAGCGAAAUGGAAUGAUCUCGUCAAGCAAAGCCAGGACUUGAAAUACGCUCAGGAGCAGUUGGAAAACAAGAACGACGUCAAGUCAAGAUGGCGGCGUGCAGCCCAAGCAGCCUCACGCCUGGAGACAGGCGACGGCCUCUAUUCCACUCCCGUGCACCUCGCAUCCAACACCACAUCAGUCCAAGGUCACGCUGGCGAGCCAAGCAGGCUGGCCAUGGUCGAAGAAUGUGUCCCGGAAACUCUGGAUGAAAAGGAGAGGCGAGCAAGAAGAGCGACGUUUUGGGGGAGUUUCAGCGUUAUGGGUUUGGGGAAGGAAAGAGACGAUAGAAAAGACCUGCCAUUCCAAAGCAAGGCUUUGGAGCAACAGCAUUGGCUGGAGAUGAUCGACGGCAAGCAUCGAUAUGGCAGUAACAUGAAAUUCUACUUUCGCAAAUGGAAAGAAGCCGAGACUUCAGACAAUUUCUUCAGGUGGCUAGACAAAGGCGAAGGGAAAGAUCUUGAUCUGGAGGAGUUGCCGAGGGAGAGGUUAGAAACGGAGCGUAUAACAUAUCUCACAGCAGAAAAACGCCUCAACUACCUCGUCAAAGUCGACAAGGAUGGUCUAUUACGAUGGGCUCGCAACGGCGAUCUGGUCGACACUGCAGCCGGGCAAUGGCAGGACGCAGGUGAUGGCGGCGGUAUCAUUCCUGCUAAGGACGGCGAUGAGGAGGACGGAGACGAUGUCCCCGUAUUUCGGGACCCGUAUGCUGCUCCAAAGAAACGCCUCCCAAAACCCAAGCGCUCACUUGCAACCUCCUACUCCCAUUCAAACGCUUCCACUUCGUCAUUCUCGUCAGAUUCUUGGUCUGCUCAGUCGUCCGAUCUGGAUGAGAAUGAGGACACGCACUACAUUGGACUGGACAAGGCCAACAGUGGGUCUUGGCUAUCGAGACAUAGGAAGAAGAUGACACCUGGUGGUGUGAGAAAGGAGCUGCUGAGGAAGACUGUGAGAAGGAAUACGUGGAUCUAUGUCAGUGAUAUGAAGAUGAAUAUGUUCAUCGGGAUGAAGAAGAGCGGGACGUUUCAACAUUCUUCUUUCCUCGCUGGAGGCAAGGUUUCGUCUGCUGGUAUCAUCGUGGUAAAGCAUGGAUUGAUCAAGAGUCUAAAUCCCUUGAGUGGGCAUUACAGAAGCUCUAUAGAUAACUUCCGGAGCUUCAUUGCGCAGCUUGAGGGGCUGGGUAUCGACUUGUCUCAUGUCAAGGUUGCAAAGAGCGUAUUGUCGCUUUGGGGCUUGUCGAAAUACUCCAAGGCUACCAAGGCCCAGAAAGACGUUUUCACCCACAUGGCUCGCGCUCUUCAUCUCUCUCACAACCCUACAGAGGAAGAAAAGUCUCAAGCUGUCAAAGAUAACGCCGAGAGGGAAGAUAGGGAGCAUAUGGAGAGGAUGCAAAGGCUGAAGGAGGCGGAAACCCAAGAGGAUGAAAAGAGAAAGCAGAAAGAGGAAGCUGGUGUUGAAGAAGAUGAGGAGACGGAAGAGCAGAGGGAGGAGAGUAUGAGGAGGAUGCGCAAGGAGGUGCUAUAUGGAAGGCAACAGGAGAAUGUCAAGAUUCACCAGGAAAAGAAAGAGGAUACGGAGCAGGAGCUGCGACCGGUAUGAUUGGGUUUCGGCUGUAAAUAUCCCGCAUAGAUUUAAUCCCCCAGUGAUCCUGGGUGCUGUAAUAUUAGAUUUUCUUUGUGUUCAUCCAUGUAUAGGGUAUAGGGGU